AUGUUCCCGGUUUGUGCUGAUAGAAACAUCAGAUGGUUCGCGGUGACUAUGGGCACUGGUAUUGUUUCGGUGUUGAUGAUAUCAAUCCCUUUCGAUACUCCAGUGCUCUAUUACUUGUCAAUUGUCUUCUUCCUACUCAAUAUCCUGCUAUUCGCUCUAGCUUUCAUCGCUUCUUUCCUCCGAUACACCUUAUAUCCCGAAAUAUGGAGUGUGAUGAUCCAAGACCCAACCAAUUCGCUCUUCUUGGCGACAAUCCCGAUGGGCUUUGCUACACUCAUUGAGAUGUGGGUGUUCAUUUGCGUGCCAAUCUGGGGCGAAUGGGCCAAAACAGUUGCGUGGGCUUUAUGGAUGAUAGACGUGGUCGCUGCGGCUUCUGUGACUCUGUCCCUGUCCUUCAUUUUAAUAUCCCGGCGAUAUAUUACCUCCCUAGAUCGGAUUACUGCGCUUCAAUUGUUGCCAAUCGCAGCAACUAUUGUGGCAGCAGGUACUGGUGCAGAAGUUGCUACUAUUUUACCAAACAAACAACAUGCGCUAGGAACACUUCUCGCCUCGUUCAUUCUCUGGGGUAUGGGCACUCCAUUGGCCAUUGCAGUAUUGGUAAUUUAUUACCAGCGACUAGCGCUGUACAAGCUUCCACCGCGGGAACUGAUUGUGAGCUGUUUCUUACCCCUGGGGCCUCUCGGCUUUGGUGGAUUCGGAAUCCUUACUAUUGGGAAAGUAGCACGGGUACUGUUGCAGGAUUCCCACUUUCUAGACCCUAUCGCGGGCCAGAUGGCAUAUGUCCUGGGUGUCUUCAUAUCCCUCCUCAUGUGGAGCUUCGGCUUGAUUUGGUUCGUAUUUGCCUUAGCUACCGUUUUACACAGUUCUCCAUUUCCUUUUAAUAUGGGCUGGUGGGGAUUCACGUUCCCGCUUGGGGUGUAUGCCGCAAACACUAUGGAAUUGGGUAUUGAAAUGGACAUCAUGUUCUUUAAAGCCCUCGGCACCGAUACGGAGUAUGAGUUUCCCUUCUUACAGGAGGUAUUCUCUCCUCUUGAAUCCCACAAGGUUGAUAUUGUCUUCGUUCAUGGCCUGAACCCAAGCGGUCGAAAUGAUCAUCCUAUCCAGACAUGGACACAUAGCAAUGGCAAGUUUUGGCCGAGAGACUUCCUAGCCGAGGACAUUCCAUAUGCGCGCGUCUUUGUCUACGGAUACAAUUCAAAUAUCACCCAUCCACAGACCAUGUCCACGGCAAGCAUCAAGGACCACGCGAAUACACUAUUGAAUUUAUUGGAUAUGGAACGCGGCCUUCAGAUGGGCUCUAUCCCACCGAAAGUGAUAUUUAUCGGACAUAGCUUGGGAGGUUUAGUGAUCAAGCAGGCGCUUCUCAAUGCUAAAGAAGAUCCAAAAUACACUUCUAUUCGUUCAGCAACUUCUGGUCUCGUCUUCUUCGGGACGCCUCAUCGUGGCGCGAAGGCUGUCGAACUGGGGAAAAUCGCAGCCCGGGUUGCCCGCUUUGUCUCCAAAGGCCAUGCUAGCAAUGACCUUCUAAACUCCCUGGAACACAAUUCGCUAUUUACUCGACAAAUGACCGAUCGGUUCCGGCAUCAGCUAGAAGAUUAUCAUGUUGUUAGCUUUAUCGAAGGGAAGGAGGUGCAAAUAGGGGGAAUUGGGCCAGCAUCUAUCAGCCAUCUUGUGGUUGAUGAAGAGUCUGCGGUUCUUGGAUUGUCGGGAUUACGCGAAACUCAACUCAAGCUCGACGCAGAUCACUCGCAGAUGUGCAAGGUGGGCGCUCGGGGUCCUAUGUACCGUUUGAUAAAAGGAAACAUCAAACAAUUGGUUGAUCAGGCGCUUUUGUCGGAGCAAGGCUUCGUUCCACAAUCGGUGCCUCCGAGUACCGUAUCAUCUCCACCGCCAAUACCACCACGCCUUCAUUCUAAUAGUAGCACGCCAUACCAGGGGCAGAUUCGCCCAUCUCCUGCGGCACAAAGGGUGACAGGAGUGAUAUUCAAUGCUCUAGAUAAUGACCCACGAUCUAUUCGCUCCGCAGAACUCAAGAAUAGGGCUCGAUGGGACGAAGCCCGAACCGUCGAAUAUGAGAUCUUUCAGGAGCAUUUGCGCACCCUUGGUCCGGAUCAUUUCAGUACACUAUCAGUCGCGUACAACCUGGCCGAAGUGGAACUGGAGACCAACUACUUAGAGAAGGCAGGUGAAUGGUGUCAUUGGGUGUCCGAAAAUGCCCAACGGGUCUUUGGCACAAAGCAUCCUCUGGCAAUGAAGACAGAAAGUUUGAGCGCCGAAGUCUUGUGUCACCAAGGCAAAUAUCAAGAGGCUGAGUCAGUUUGCGCCAACGUGUUGGCACGCCAGCAAAUGACUAUCGGCGAGGACCACUUGGACACCUGUGGCACUCGACGCCGACUAGGAAUGACCUAUAACGCGCUAGGUCGCCGGCAAAAUGCUGUCAUGACUGCAGAAAAGUUAACAGACACCCUAAAGCGUCUGGUUGGAGAAACCCACAUUCGUGUAUUCGGCUCUGCGUUGGACACUUUGGAAUAUAUCGUCAGCAACCAAUCUGGAGACGCAAACACACUAAUCGUUUUGCGUUUUCAACCAGAUGUAAAGCGAGCGGUGGAGAUGUUGUUGCAGAUAUACGAAGAGCUUCAGAGUGCCUUGGGCCAUGGACACCCAUCUACAAUUCGGGCUCUCUGUCUCUACGGUCGAGCACAAAGCUUUAUACAGCAGAGUAUAGAGGCCUCGGAGACCCUGCGCCGUGCUCUGGCCAGUGCAGAAGAGACCCUAGGACCUGAUCAUCCACUGACUAUGGACAUCGUGGGCAACAUUGGCGUGAUGUACGCUCUGCAAAAUGCUCAAACAAUCUCCAACAAUCGUGCUGCGGAAGCAUUCCCCUGGUUGUUACGAUAUUUGAACUGGGUUGAACAUCGCAAAGGAAAAGACAACCCCGAAACCGUAGCCACAUUGGAGCUGCUGGGCAAUUUACACUUCAACGCCAGAGAAUACGAACCCGCCCAGCAGUAUUAUGAGCGCCUGGUGGCGAAUAUGCGCGGGAGCGACUCAAAGGUGAGCCAACGUGUCGACAAUCAACUUCAACUAUGUCGGGCGAACACCAUGUACACCCGUCGAGGCCUGGGGUCGGGAAUAGGAGGGUUUUUGUCCAACUUGCAGCGAUAUUAA